AUGAAGAGCACAGGGUGGCUUUGUGUUUGUGGGCUGGUCAUUGCUGCUUUAUUUCCUAUUAGCUGGCAAAUGGUCCUGAAAGAUUCAGCUGAUGAAUCUAGGUGGCAAUCUUAUGAAACAGAAAGUGCCCACAGCUUUACAUCCAACCUCAAGCGACAUUCUGAAGGUACCUUUACCAGCGAUUUCACUCAAUAUUUGGACAAAAUGAAGGCCAAGGAUUUUGUACACUGGCUUAUCAAUGCCAAGCAGUACAGCUCUACGAAGAGGUUCAUUAAAGAAAGUUACCCAUCUGGCAUUUUCUCAUUCAGCUUGAAUUCUGAUGGCUCAAGAAGUACUAUGAGCAUUGCUUCUAGGAUUAUGACACAGUAUGCUGGCCAAGUUCCCACUGAUGGUGAAAGAAGUUUGUAUGACAAGGCAGUUGAGGAACAUUUGAGAACUUACGGCUAUGAAAGCUAG